AUGCCGUUUAAUAAACGGACUGUUGAACCAAUAUAUUUAAGUCAGGUACAAGUACCAAAUGAAAUAUCAAAUGAACUAGAAUGUGUUACAAAUCAUACAUUUGCCAAUGUUAUACGACAAUUAAGUUCAUUAAGUGCUCAUGCACAAGAUCUUUUUGAUGAAUUAAUAAUGGAUGCUGGACAUAUAUUUCAACGUACAGAAGCAUUACAUGGUCGAAUUGAAAGACUUAAACUUAAAGUUACACAAUUAGAUUCAAAUGUUGAAGAAGUAACUAUACAAGAAGUAAGUAAUCGAAAACCAUUUGUUAGUGUUAAUCGUAUUGAUCAACAAGUUGUUAAUCGUGCAACAAUACCAAAAUCACUUCGUUUACUCUAUGAACAAGCUGAACCAGCACCGGCACUUCAUUUACUUAAUCCUUAUCGGGAUGAUGGUCGUGAUUCAAUGAAAUUUUAUACAGAUCCAUCAUUUUUUUUUAAUUUAUGGAUGCAAUCAAUGAUACACUUUCCGCAAAUUCAUAAUGGUCAUCGAUCUGGUAAACAUGAACGAGGUCGAUCACCAAAAGACUAUCAACAACAAGAAUCUAUCUAUGCAUCAAAUCCAACAUCAUCUUCACAAUCUCGUCUUGUUCGUCAAACAUCUGAUGAACAACAUUAUCAAUAUCGUAGUUCUCAAGAUUUAAUUCGUCAUCGAAAUGAUUUUGAUCAAAUUGCACGUAGUACUGUUCAAUUACAACAACAACAAAUCUAUUCAUCAUCAAAUUCUCGUCAACUUCUUCAGUAUCCAAAUAAUAAUGAUCUACAUCAUCGUUCAGAUUUAAUGCAAUGUGGUAGUCCAAUAUUAUCGGCAUCUUCAUCAACUCGUGAACAACAAAUAAUGAUAAUGAACUUUAAUAAAACUACACCAGAAUUAUUAUCUAAUGCACCAAAUAGAUAUAAUACAGAACAAUCACCUCGACUUAAUAUUCAUUCAUCAGCUAUUACUCGACAAGCUCCACCAUUAUUAUCUGAAUUCGAACCAAAUAAUCAUAUGCCACAUCAUAUGAUGAUGAAACAGGCAAUUACUAGACCAUCAGCUAGUCCUCCACCACCACCACCACCACCUCCUUUGCCACCAGCACCUCCUCUACCGCACACUAUGGGUAUGGCUACACUAGCAACAAUUUCUGAAAUUGAUAGUUUACCUCCACCACCAGCCGAUUUUAUUGAACGAUCACCAUCACCACCUCCGCCUCCUCCUCCACCACCACCACCUCCAAUGCGAUCAAAUAUUCCACCGGCACCACCUCUACCAAAUCCUACAAUUCACUCAAUUAUUAUACAAACUUCGGUGUCGAGUGAACCAAAAAAAAUUAAAAGUAGUAUCAAUAGUAAUAAUUUAUCAUCAUCUCAAAGAGAUGAUGUUUCUGUGACAUCGGAAACUUCUAUUCAAGAUCAACGACCAUAUAUUAGUCGUGAUCUUCAUUCUGAUUUAUUAGAAGAAAUCAAAAAAGGUAUUCAAUUGAAUAAUCGUAAGAAAGAAGAAGAAAAAAAAGCUUCAGUAACAACUAAAACAACAUCAAUUAAUGUUAUGGCAAUCAUGGAACAAGCAGCAAAAUAUCGUCGUGAUAAAAUCCGUCCACAAUCAGAAUCUGAGAAUGAUGAUGAAUCAUCACGAUGGGAUGAGAGUGAAUAA